CUGACCGUCUUUGCCCAAUGGCAGCAGUAGUUGGGAACCGCGCGCACGCCACUGUGGACAAAUAUCUAACCAAGCGGGUCCCGCGCUCUUGACGUGCCACGAGACACGCCACCGGUGGUUCCAGUGUUCCGCACGGCAAGCGAGAAGAGUUACCGCUGCAAAAAUCCGGCGUCCAAAAGUCCGGGGCAACGACUCUGAUUUCACCAAACAUUCUCCCUCCCCCAUGGAAAGCCUAUAUAUAACUUGCGUUGCGUUGGUCGAACCAGUCAACAUACGCCAGUACCAUCGCCGCAUCACUCUUCGUCCGGCGUGCCCUGCCCACGGCUCCAAGAGCUCAGGAGCAAGAAUGGUGGCUACCUCCAUCAGCUGCUGCCUCGGGCCUCCCGCACCGCCCAAGGAAGCUGCUAACACCGCUCGCAGGCCGUCGUCGCUGCGCCUCGCGUGCGUGGCCGCCGCGGCGUGCGCCGUCAUGGGGAUGGCGGGCGGCGGCGGCGGCGGCGCCGACAUGGUCAUGGCGCUGGCGCGGGACGGCGCGGUCGCCUCCAGGGCCGACGACGUCGCCGCGGCCGUGGGCGCACCGCGGUGGAGCGACCGCAGGCAGUGCCCGGCGUGGCGCGCCAACUCGCUGGAGAACGUCGUGCCGGAGAACCUGCCCCGCGCGCCCGCGCGCAGGAGGUUCAGCAGCGUCUCGAUCUCGGCGGCGGCCCUUGCGCCCGCGCCGGACUUGGUGGUGGUGCCUCCUGUCCUGGCUCUGCGCCCCGGCACCGGCACAGGCUGCUUCUCCCUCUGACGCAACCGGGACCCGUGCAAAACGCACCUGUAUUAUUUUGCAUAGUUAGUAUAGAUGUUAGAACCAGAAGGAAAAAAUCGCCCCACUGAUCGAUCAGUAUUUACUAGGGUGGAAAAUGGGGGCAUGUGUAUAUGCGAGACACAUAUCGCCAUGUACUUUAUUUGUUAUUUGCAAUAACUGAUCAGUGUCGAACUAUCGAUGACAAAUGGAAUUUGAAAGCUUCUGCUGAUCAAGAGAAAA